CUUAAAAAAUGGUAACCGAAGGGAUUCGAAGAUGCUCUGAUAAGCCUCGGUUUAAUCGCACAGACUUCGACUACAAGGCACCACUCGCCCUUUUCACGUCUACCGACCGACUCUACUGAAGCUGUGGAAUAAUGCUCGCCCUCAUCUUAGCUCUUCUUUCUCUCACUUCAAUCGCCGCCGUUUUGUUCAAAUUCAUCACUGCCGAUGGGGAUUUUACACUGCUGUCCAAGAAGCAUGCAAAACGCGAAGAAGUUGAAGAUAAGGUUGUGUGGAUUACUGGGGCCAGCCGCGGCAUUGGGGAGGUUCUUGCCAAACAAUUUGCAAGUUUAGGUGCUAAGCUUAUUAUUUCUGCUCGAAAUGAAGCUGAAUUAGAACGAGUAAAGAAACAGCUUACGGGUAAACACGCACCUGAUGAAGUAAUAAUUUUACCUUUGGAUUUGGCGUCUGGGGAAGAUUCUCUCAAUGAUGCUGUACAGAAAGCUGAAUCCUGUUUUUCCGGUGCUGGUGUGGAUUAUAUGAUCCACAACGCCGCUUAUGAGCGCCCGAAAACAACGGCAUUGGAUGUAACCGAGGAGAGUCUCAAGGCUACAUUCAACAUAAAUGUUAUCGGGACAAUAUCUCUUACUCGGCUACUCGCAGCUUCCAUGUUGAGGCGGGGGAGGGGUCAUUUUGUUGUGAUGAGCAGUGCUGCAGGAAAGACACCUGCACCAGGUCAGACUGUAUACUCUGCUUCGAAGUUUGCUCUAAAUGGCUACUUUCAUAGCUUGCGUUCUGAGCUCUAUCGUAAGGGAAUCAAGGUGACUAUUGUGUGUCCUGGCCCGAUAAAAACCUCGAGUGUUCCUGAAUCGAACACCUCCGGACAAAAGGGUUCUUCUGAGAAGCGUGUAUCAUCUGAGAGAUGUGCGGAGUUGACAAUUAUUGCUGUUACCCACGGUCUAAAGGAAGCGUGGAUAUCAUUUCAGCCUGUGCUUGCUGUUAUGUACUUGGUGCAAUAUAUGCCAUCCAUUGGCUACUGGCUUAUGGACAAGAUUGGAGAAAAACGGAUAGAAGUUGCUGCGCAGAAGGGCGAUACUUACUCGUUGAGUUUACUAUUGGGAAGAAAGAAAGCACUCUAGAUUUUCUGAUGAUUGAAGUCACCAUUUAUUCUAAAUUCCCUGUAUAACCACUCCGUAGUGAUCCUAAUCAUAUUGAAGAAUUCUCUCUCAAUACUUCUGUCCAAAAAUUGCAUCUGGCUUCAACCAGUGGUAUACUAAGAAAGAGUAUUGAUAACGUC